AUGCUUGACAAACUCGUCGGCCUCGCCAUGCUCGUGGCUGCCUCCGUCGUCUUCCUCUACUACACCCUCUGGGUGCUUAUAAUGCCCCCAUACUCUUUGCGAGCCGGCAACCACCCUCUUCCCCCUCGCGUCUGGGCCAUCCGCAUACCCGUCAUUCUCAUCCUCCUCGGCUCCGCCGUCGUCGGUUCCUUCAUCGGCAUGGUCAUGAUCCGCAGCAACAGGAAGAAGGCCGCCAAGGCCAAGGCUGCCACGAAGAAGAAGGCGUAA